AUGACUGUAGGGUUUGGAAUUUCAAUCAGAGAGAAUUUGCCAGAAGUGGAGCACAGGCGACGUGCAAGGCACGUGUAUGCUGCUAUAGCCAAAAGCUGGAAAGGGGAGGAUAGAAAGCUUGGCUUUUGGACUGCUGCAAAAUCCACUUUUGUGCAACAGUUAAGGGAAAAUCUCAAGAAGUUGGAGUUGAUGGGCCCAAGCAUGGUACAAGAUGUGUUGGUGUAUGAUGUGGAAACUUUUUGCAAAGCUUACUUCAAGACAACUGUCAAGUGUGAUGUUAUCGAUAACAAUCUUGCUGAGACUUUCAAUGGGUGGAUCCUAGAUGCACGGUGCUUGCCAAUAAUCAGCAUGUUAGAAGCAAUUAGGGUGCAAGUUAUGACCAGAUUGCAUGUAAAAAGAAGACUGUGCCAGGGUUGGAUUAAUGAUAUUGCUCCUAGAGCAAUGAAGAAGCUAGAAAGGAAUAAGGAGUUGUCCUAUUUGUGGCAAAUUUUGUGGAAUGGUGAUGACGGGUAUGAAGUAACUAGCAUUUAUGAUGCAAAUGUGAAGCACACAGUCAACACUACCAUUAGAGCUUGCACCUGUCGCGAGUGGAAUCUCACAGGCAUUCCAUGUCAGCAUGCCAUUUCUGCAAUUUUCAGUGCUAAGGAAAAGCCUGAAGACUAUGUCCAUGACUGGUACAAAGAGGAGAAGUACAAAGCUGCUUACAGCUUUAUGAUGCAACCUGUAAAAGGGCAGAACAUGUGGCCAAAAACUGGAUUUGACCCCAUCGAACCACCAGCUAUUAGAAAGAUGCCUGGACGUCCUAAAAAAGCUAGAAAAAGGGACUGUCAUGAAAUAAAGAAAAUAGGAAGGCUAUCAAGGCAUGGAAGACAGAUGAGAUGCAAACACUGUCAUGAAGUAGGGCAUAGUAUCAGAGGGUGCCCAACAAGGGACCACACUAUUCCACUGCCAACACCAAAGAAAAGAACUACUGAAGCAUCAACAAGUCAAGUGGUGAAACCUUCUGCUGAACUAGUAGAGGAAUUUACUAAAACAACAAAAAAAGGAAAAGAAUAA